AUGGCUGGAGAAUUAGACAAAGAUUUAAAUAGGUGUGAAUUUAAAGGUGGUGUUCAGUUUUAUCAGCUUUAUGGAAGUUGUGGACGUAACUUUUCGGGAGACGUCGGGGCUUUUGCGAUCACUACGUCUCAGAAUCGGAACUCCCCGGACACUUGUAUCGUCAGAAUCAAUGUUACAGAAGGCAAACUUGCCAUCAUCAGAUUUAAAACUCUGAUCAUAAACUGUUCUUCAGACUUUAUAGAGAUUCGUGAUGGACCUAAUGAAAACUCGGAACUAAUUCGGCGAUAUUGCGAAAACUCUGCUUUUUCUGUAGCAGCAACACAGAACUUUAUGUUCAUUAGGUUUAUAAAUGGUGGAAAUCUGCGAGAUCUCGUGGUCUCAGCUGAAUACUUUGUUUUUGAUCCCGUAGACGCCAAACUGAACGCCUCCUCCGGGUCGUUUGCUUCCCCCCGCUAUCAGGGCCCAGCAUCUUUACAAUACCCCAACAACCUCCGGGCCACGAUCUCCAUUUCCGUCCCCGGGGACUUCGGGAUCAUAUUUACCUUCUCGGAGUUUGAUUUGGAGCCAGCAUACAACGGAAAGUGUCUGGAUUAUUUAGAGAUACAACAAGCAGACGGCAGGUCUCUAGGAGAAUUCUGUGGGAACUCCAUUGUAGUGGACAUCGUAUCUAAGUUCAACACAAUGUACCUCCAUUUUGUUACGAACACAAACGUCGUUUACCCUGGCUUUUCAUUCACUUGGGAAGUUUGUGGUGGCGUUAUAGAUCAGGCGGCGGGAACCAUGGUCCUCCCCACCUUUAAUGGUUACUAUAGAAACAACAUGGACUGUACGUAUGUUUUCCGACAACCGGAAGGAAAACGAGUCGCCAUCACCUUCACCCAGUUCAACCUUCAGCAGAGGAAUGCCGACGGGAAGUGUAUGGAUUAUGUUCAGAUUUCUGAUUCUGGGUCCACACUACCGAUAGCUGAACAUUGUGGAAUCAUAUCCUCCCCUUUCACAGUGACCUCGACCUUUAAUGAACUCUCUGUUCGGUUUUAUUCUGAUGCUUACACACAAGGAACAGGAAUCAGUAUUUCCUAUAUUCAAGUUGAACCCUGUGGCGGGAAAUAUGAAUUGCUGGAAGGUCGCUUCUUCCCCCCGGUUUACAGCAACCUAUACUCCGCCAACGAGAACUGUGACUUUCAUAUACAGACUUAUACCGGAAGUAAAAUUAUGGUUGCCUUUAGCAAAUUUAGACUAGAGAAUAACUGGGCAGCUAGUUGUGUGGACUAUUUAGAGAUCGUUGACCCGUUUGCUUUCGAACACCAAACUCUAUCAAACGGGGAUCCACAUGAUCACGUCCUGGAGAACAGCCACAAACAUUACUGCGGCGCCACUUUCCCGCCAAACACGCUUUACCAUGGCAAUGAGCUAUUCAUCAAGUUCCGAUCGGACGGGACGGUGGAGACUGAGGGGUUCGUCUUAGAGUGGGCAGCGUGUGGUGGUAAAAUAACCGACCAUUACGGUGAAAUCAAGUCACCGGAACUCUACCUCGCGCAUGCGUUUGAUAUAACAUGCGAGUACACUAUAGAACCACUAGAUGUGGAAUCCUUUUUUGUGCAGUAUAAAUCAGAGUACACUCAGUCAAGCGCCUGUGAUAAUGCUUUAAAGGUUGAAGAAAUUGGUCCCCAGAACAGUACACUGCUAAAUCUUCCAUGUUCAAAUGAGGGAAAUGGACUGUUACAAACUGGAGCCAAGAAAUUAAAGCUAACCUUUAAUCAGGCACUCGGAAGACCUCGUGGUUUUAAGUAUAGUCUUAUAUGGACAGCUUGUGGCAGCCGGGUUACCACGCCUACAGGCAAAAUUCGAUCACCAUUUUGGCCUGGAUUUUAUCCAAUUAAACGAUCGUGCUCUUACGUCAUAGACAGCGUGUCUGGAAGCAAUGUUGUGUUGGAUUUCUUGAACUUAAAUCUUGUAAAAACUGGCACCUGUGAAGACUAUAUACAGAUCCACAAUGGUGUUGACGAAAAUUCUCCAUUGUUAAGAGUGGUGACCGGAAGUACGAUCCCAGAAACAACGAUAUCGACAACCAGUCGUAUGUUCGUUAAGUUUGUAGCCCAGUGUGACGUCAGCUCGGAGGGAUUUCAGGCCAAAUGGAGUGUGUGUGGAGUGACAUUGAGUGAAGAAUCGGGAGAAAUUAUGUCCCCUAGUUAUCCUAAGAAUUACAUCCGGGACAUUGUCUGCAGUUACACCAUCACUCAAUACCCAGGAAGGAUAACCUCUCUUACUUUCAUAGAUUUCGAUGUCGGAUCCAAAGUGGACGGGUCGUGUAUCGAUGAUUAUGUAGAGAUCAGAGAUGGAUUUUUUCGACAGUCUACUUUGUUAGGAAAGUAUUGCGGUAAAUUACAAAGAUUCACCAUCAAUUCCACAAGUAACACCCUUAACCUUAUAUUGGUAUCCAGUAGCAACCAAAACAUCCGGUACGGAGGGUUCAAGGCCACAUACAAAUCCAAUGUCAAAGAGACGAUGUUAACUUCUACAGCGGCAUCACCAAACUUCACAGUUAUCUACAAAGGACUAACUGCGGAUCAACAAAAUUUACUGGAUCUGGAUAUAGCGCUCAUCUGUACCUUAUCCAUUAUCAUCGUUAUUCUCAUUGUUGUUAUCCUCGUCCUCUUACUACUGAAAAGAAAGAACAAACCACCUUUGAUUGUACAAGAGCAAAAGGUUGAAGUUUCGAACUCUUCACGCAAUGAUGGCGUGUUAAAUUACCGUGAUAACACUCAACUAUUAGACAUUUACAACAAAGUUGAUUCGCCUAGCCAUCAAAACAAAGAUGACGUGAAAGCAGAAAUUAACCUUACACUACAACAACAGCUAAGAGAACAACAGAGACGCAAAAGUACAGGAAGUCACGUGACUCGUGACGUGUACGCACAGCCGCUAAGAAAGCCUUUGCAGGAAAAGAUUCAAGAAUCCACGGAAUUCAAAGCUACCUCUCCGUCCAGUGUGGCGAGUUACAAACAAACUGCUGACAACUACGCUCAGAUGACAGAGACAUUUAAAGAGGACACUUUUGAUUUGGAUAACUACGCCAAAGUCGACCCACGUGCUAAAAGCCCCGUCCUUAAAUUUUCUACAAGCCAGAAAGGAUAUGCGAACGAUACAUACGAUGACGUAGAAAGCACAAGAGCAAAGACAUCCUCUGAAAUGAUGUACCUGUAGUAGGAAAAAACCCAUAUGAACCUUAGCAUUUCAAUAUGCACUAAAUAUUCAUUCAGUGAUGGAGGACACGUUAACUUACACAUCUGCCUGCUUUGACCUUGAAUAUACUUUGGAGGUAUAUGUACAUGACUCAGACAAUAAAGAAAAAUCAACAAACUUACAGUAUAUUAGAAAUCCUCUCGUAAGGUGAUGAUAAUUAAUUAUUAAGAUUAAUGUCGAGAUUUCCUGUCUUAUGAAAAAUGUAUUGUCAAGUGUUACGCAGCAUGAUCUUUAAUAAAUCAUGAUAUUUUGUACCAAUU